UUCCUACUUCCUUUCUUCUUCGUCGGUCCAAUUUCCUUACAGAUUCUGAAAAAACUUCUCUUGCACUGCACUCCACCUUUAUCCUUCAAUGGUGUUUACCUAUAUUAACACCUCAAUUCCCUUAAAAUCAGCAUAAAUCUCUUAGUUUAUUGCUGUAAAUACAUAAAUUAUCAAAUUACAAGUGUUUAAUCAGCAAAGAUGAUGAUCAGAAUCAGAAGCAGAGAUGGGCUAGAACGAGUCACCAUUGACAAUCCACACGCCACAAUUUCCCAACUCAAAGCUCAAAUCGAGUCCCAGCUUCGAGUUCCGGUUCAAUCCCAAACCCUAUCUACAAAUCAGAACCUCUUGCUCGCCAAAACCCUUGACGAUUGGACCAGGUUCACCGAUAUGUCAAACCCUAAUACAACAAUCUCCUCUCUCAACUUAACCCACGGCUCGAUAGUGUACCUCGCGUACGAGGGCGAGCGGACCGUCGCCGGUCCGGCUGUCAACCCCGCCGGUUCGUUCGGUAAAAAAAUGACCAUGGAUGACCUAAUUGCAAAGCAAAUGCGAGUUACAAGACAAGAAAACCCUCACUGUGAGCUGGUUUCGUUCGAUCGCGACGCAGCCAAUGCGUUUCAGCAUUAUGUGAACGAAACCCUAGCGUUUGCCGUGAAACGCGGCGGGUUUAUGUACGGCACAGUGUCCCCUGAGGGGAAAGUGGAGGUUGAUUUCAUCUACGAGCCGCCACAGCAAGGGACGGAGGAAAGUUUGAUACUUUUACGCGAUCCUGAUGAGGAGAAAGUAGUGGAUGCGUUAGCUAUUGGAUUAGGGAUGAGGAAAGUAGGGUUUAUAUUUACACAGACAAUUAGUCAGGAUAAAAAAGAUUACACAAUGUCGACUGCGGAAGUUUUGCAGGCGGCUGAGUUACAUGCUGAGGGUGAUUUGAAGGAGUGGGUGACGGCUAUAGUGAAGCUCGAGGUGAAUGAGGAUGGCGCUGCGGAUGUACAUUUCGAGGCGUUUCAGAUGAGUGAUAUGUGUGUGAGGUUGUUUAAAGAAGGGUGGUUUGAGACAGAGGUUAAUAAGGAUGAGGUGAUUGAUCCAAAGCUUUCUAAGAUGAAGAAAGAUGUGGUGGUUGGAGUAAAGGACACUAGAGAAGUUGAUAACGACUUUUUCUUGGUCGUUGUCAAGAUUGCUGAUCAUCAGGGUCCUUUAUCAUCAUCUUUUCCUAUUGAAAACAGGAAUAUUCCAGUGAGCAUGAGAGCAUUAAAAGAUCAUUUCAAUCGAACAAAGAAUCUUUCUUUUGUGAAGCGAAUCUCAGAUUUCCAUUUACUACUGCUGCUGGCCAAAUUUUUGGACAUCAAUGCAGAUGUUCCAGCGUUGGCGGAAUGUGUGCAUACACAGACAGCUGUUCCAGAAGGUUACCAGCUCCUUAUAGAAUCCAUGGCUAGUGCCUCUUGAGCGGCAUUGCCACUUGACAAAACCAACACUGCUCAUGUAUUGCAACAAGAGAACAUCCCGGUGACAUUCAGUUCAUGGUCUGAUGGGACCUCAGUGCCCGAGUCCUAAUGCUUACGCUCUAGUGUGUGGUAAACAUGUUUGCAGUGCUGAAAUCCUCUUGUUAUAUUGACAACCAAUGUGUUUGAAUACUUUGGUUAAAUUAUACGUACUUGCUCUAGUACAACUUGUUGGAGUUAAAUUCGUGGGUUAUGGUUGUUUGCCCUUGUACUGGGAUGGCUCUCUGGUAGAGCAGACUUCGUUGACCUUAGACCCCAUAGUGUGAUUGCAUGUUUUAGUAUCCGUGGGGAAAAUUCCUUCAUCUUUUAUUUUA